CGGUGUGGUGAACGCGCGCGCGCGCCCGCCAUUUUCAGUGCCGACAUUUUUAUUAUUUUUUUUUUUAUUUAAAGUGCGUUCUUGUGUGCCAGUGUGUUCAAACUUGAAAUGAGUUUUUAUUUAUUAUAAAAAGAGAAAUCUUUGUUUACGGUUUUGGAUUCCGAUCUCACAUAAAAAUAUAGAUGGCGUUGGCUUCACUUACUAAAUUUAAACUGUAAAUUAGACUACAUUAAUAAAAAAAAUAAGCAUACCCGUAAAAUAAAGCAAACCCGUUAGAAAUUCAAUAAAAAUGAACAAGUUAUGACACUUAAUUAAAAUGGAGAGACUACGCAAUCGUAUACGCGUACUGGGGAAGAAGAAAAAUGACAGGAAUAGUGUAUACUCUAUGGUGUCCAGCAGAGACCUGACUCCUGGCAGUUUGGAGGUGUGGGUGGAUCUGCCUGAUGAAAUCAAGUAUGACCCAUUGUUCGCGCCCUUCAAAGACCUCUACGAGCGACAUCAUGGUAAAUUGGAUACAUUGGAAGUCACGGACGAAGAUGAUAACAGUAUUAACAGGAAAACAGAAGUGGGAGAUGUUGAGGAGGCAAGUGACCUGAACAAAGAAAAUGGCGAUAGUGGAUUAAUGACAGCGGGACAAAUCGAUGAAGUACAAGAAAUAAAAUCUCCAAGAAAAACACAGUUACACCGCUUUGCUCGGAUGCUAAAGUUGUCGGUGCUGGUUACGUGCUGGGGUCUACUUACUAUAUCGCUCAUUAUGAACAUGGAGAGAUCUGAUGUGGUACUACAUACAGCUGUCAAAGGCGGGGAGGUCAAAGAGUACCAGCUACAAGCACGCAACGAUAGGGUUAAGACCCUAAUAACACUCACUGGACCUUUCCAACAAGGAUCCGGUGAUGACAGUGUUAACAUAUUAUAUUUAUGGCUGUACAGGGUCCACGAGGCCCCAUCCAAUGAUUUAGUAUUAGAACAGAACUCAACGUUGUGGAGGAUAUAUCUACAACCAGAGCAUAUUCUAGAUUUUUCGGAAAGUGUGACGGAAAUGAACACGCUCACAUUAGAAGAUCAACAUCAUCCAGCACAACAAAAUAUAAUCAAUUCAAUGAGAAAUCACACACAGCAAUUUGCUCAUGAAAAUAUUUCAAAUUGGGAUGCGGUUGGAGUGAAUGGUACUAGAGUAACUCUACGUUUGGCUACCACCAGCAAUAGCACAGUACCACUUACACUAAGCUAUCAGCUCGAUCCGUUGGACGAGAAACAAGGAAUCUUGUAUGCGGCUAUUUUGUUGUGUUUUUUGUAUACGCUAAUUAUCUUUGAGAUCGUAAAUCGCACAAUUGCAGCACUUUUAUCUUCGACCCUCGGUGUGGGUGUGUUGGCACUGAACGGCGCCAGACCCUCACUGAACGAGCUGGUUUCCUGGCUAGAUGUCGAGACGCUGCUGCUGUUGUUCAGUAUGAUGAUAUUGGUUGCUAUACUCGCGGAGACUGGACUCUUUGAUUAUUUAGCCGUUGUAGCUUUCGAGAUGACUGGAGGCAGAACAUGGCCUCUGAUCAACUGCCUCUGUUUCUUCACCGCAUUCUUCUCCACCUUCCUUGACAACGUGACAACGGUUCUGCUGAUGACACCAGUAACAAUACGACUGUGUGAAGUGAUGCAGCUCAACCCAGUUCCAGUACUGUUGUCCAUGGUGAUAUUCAGUAAUGUAGGGGGCGCUGCUACACCAGUCGGCGAUCCACCUAAUGUGAUCAUAGCGAGUCAUCCGGCUGUGUUGCAAGAGAACAUAAACUUUGCAACCUUCACCCUUCAUAUGGGCGUUGGCAUACUGUUGGUAUGCGUACAGACUUACCUACAGCUCAGGUUCAUGUUUAGAGACAUGAACAAACUGCGCCACAGCGUGCCAACUGAUAUACAAGAACUGCGGCAAGAAAUAGCUGUAUGGCGACGCGCUGCGGCAUCACUGUCCUCGUACUCCAGAGAUGAAGACCUGGUCAGGAGUGCUCUAGAGAAAAAGGUCAAAAAAUUGAAAGCUGUAUUGGCGAAACGAGAAUGUGGCAAGGGUAUAUCUAAGUCAGACCCUAAAUUUAACUCUACGCUGGCACAAAUGAAACAAAAAUAUCACAUCAGAGACAAACAACUCCUGGUGAAGUCCACAAUCAGCGUUGCGUUUGUCGUCAUUGUGUUCUUUUUGCACGCGAUACCUGAAUUACAACGAUUAUCCCUGGGUUGGACAGCGCUUCUUGGCGCGUUACUCCUGCUACUCCUGGCUGAGAAGGAAGACCUGGAACCCAUACUGGCGCGUGUCGAGUGGUCCACACUUCUGUUCUUUGCUGCUUUGUUUGUUUUGAUGGAGGUACUUACGAAGUUGGGACUUAUAGCAUGGAUAGGCAAAAUAACAGAAUCACUCAUAUUGAAAGUAGGGGAAGAGGCCCAACUCGCGGUAGCCAUUAUGUUGGUGCUAUGGGUAUCAGGAAUAGCAUCAGCCUUUGUGGAUAAUAUACCACUAACCACGAUGAUGGUGAGAGUAACCGUUGCGUUGGCAGACCCUAAGGGUUUGGGUUUGCCGCUAGCGCCAUUGGCCUGGGCGUUAAGCUUUGGGGCUUGUCUUGGAGGCAACGGAACAUUAAUCGGCGCAAGCGCAAAUGUGGUGUGCGCAGGAGUCGCCGAGCAACAUGGCUACCGGUUUACGUUCAUGCAGUUCCUCAAAAUAGGCUUCCCCGUCAUGUUGGGGAAUCUUUUGGUUGCGUCAGGAUACCUCUUAUUUUGUCAUUGUGUAGUCUAUUGGAAUUAGGUAAUCUGGUAAUUACUGCAAAAAGGUCAUUUGUAUGAAUCACUUGUAUUGCAUAAGGAUAUAAAAACCUAUACCAGGAUCACGUCAACGAUUCAUGGUUCAUAGAAUUUUUAUUUUGUUAUGGACAUUACAUUAACCAUUCGUGGUUCAAAUUGCCAUUAUUUAUACCAGGAUUAAGUUUAACUGUAGCACGAUAACGGUAACCAAUCAUGGUUAUUUAUUACUUAUUUAUGCCUACGUCACACUAACCAAUCAUGGUUCAUAAAGGUAUUAUUUUAUAUCGGUAACACAUUAACGAAUAGAGGUGGGUAAUAUACAGCAAUAUCUAUAUAUUUUAAUUACAAUAUCUAUAUACUGUUACCAUAUACGAAUAUGUAAAUACUGAUAUCCAAAUAUAAUAUUGGAUAAUAGACUUUUAAUAUAUUCGAAAAUAGAUACACGACCGGUAAUGACCUUUGUCCGCCAUCAGGUUUCCAAAGGCACCCAAUAUAUAGAUAUAUAGAUUAUAAGAACGAUAUCCAUAUUCCCCAUGCUUAUUAACAAGUCAUUAUUCAAAUUGGCUUUGUUUAUUUCAAAUACACUAUCUGCACUUCGACGUGAUUUCAAAUAAAGCACUACCUACGUACAUGAUUUUUAUUGGCGACGUUUCGACGUGGAUUGCACCACGUCUUGGUCACUACAGGACUGUAAUGAGUGACGAUAGUGUAUUUAAAAUAUAUGUCAACAAUGGAAUAACGGUAACUAAUCAUGGUUUAUAAUAGGCACAGGUAAUACGGAUACCGUUCCUAUAUCUAUAUAUCGUAUUCAAAUCUUAGAAUGAUCAUUUCGUUUUAAGAUUAUAUAAAAUGAUUGUAUUUCGUGAUAUGGAAAACAUCUGCUGCCCAUGUCAUGAUACAAUCUGGCCAGAUCAAUGAAUAGUCAGCGAAUGACGAUAGGUAAUGAUAAUGCGCGGCUACUUCAUGAUAUUGUCAAAUAUUUGUGAUCAUAUCGUAAAAUAGUCACAUUAUACUGUUAGAGGUAUAUUUCAAUUUAAUACUACUGGAUUGACUUGCAUGAGUUUUAGUCGAAAAAGUUCGACUAGAUUCGGGACCAACCGAGACCCUUGAUUAUCAGCUGCAGAUGUGAUGUGUUUCCUCGACUAAAACACGCGUACGUUCAACCGGUAGUUAUUACAUUAAAUUAUAUAAUAAUAUGUAAAAAGGCACUGAUAUUGUUCAGUUCUUUUGAUGCAUCAUUCUGAUAAAAAAAAUGCUAACAAUAAUGUGCCAAAUGAAGGUAAAAGUGAAGUGAAAAAUCUUUGCGACUUGUUGCUGUGUUGAAUUUUACGAGAGCCAAAGAAACCUUACAUUUAUGUUAUGGCUAAACGUGGAAUGUGUUUUUGGUCAAAUUAAGAAUAUAACUCCGCUCCCUAUGUGAGUGUGAACAAAACGAAGAAACUAUUCAACACAAUCUACUUAGUUUUCCCAACUAAUAUUUUCUCUAAUAAUAUUUGUCGCUCUGUUAACGUCGAGUAUCUAUUAACUUUAGUCUCUUCUCCUUUUUUAUAUGUCCCAGAAAAAAUUCUAUCCAAAAAUAAUAUAAAUUUAUAAUUACAUAAUUAUCAUAAAUCAUUUUUCCUCAACGAACACGGAUAAGGAAAUCUUAUUGCAUCACCAAUAAAAUUGCAGUAUCUCUUUUAAAUUUGACAGUGUUAAAAUCAUCGGAGCCCCGAUGGAGUAGUAACUUUAACUGGCCAUAUCGUGCAAUACAAUCAUUUCAUGGAAUGGUCGACUACUUUAUGAAGUAGCCUAUUCUAAGAUCUAGCCACUAGUAUAGUCAUUGGGUUCCUCUAAACGCUGAUAAAGAAAAAAUAGGUAAUCACGCAUCUCGAUAUCGUCCAUUAUUGUGCCAAUAUAUAGAUAUUAUAACUAAAAUAUACAGGUAUUGUUAUAUAUUAACCACCCCUAGUGUAUAAUAGUUACUACCUAUUUAUGCCAAGAUCAGAUUAACAAAUCGUGUUUCAUAAUAAUAUUUUUUGUACCGGUUUUACACUAUCUACGCAAACCCACAUGUCUGUCUAGCUCUAUUGUAAGCAAUUUGAUUGAGACAGCAAUAAUUUCUUGUUGCGGUUCGCAUUUGACAAGAUGGUAUAAAAUAUUGCAAACUCUUAGUGACUAAAGAACUUUUCCUGUAUAUUAUUAUGGUUGUGUUAAUUUAAUUCAUUUGCAAAAUUACUUAUAAAAUUUUUACAUAAUAAGUGAUAAAGUUAUUAAGGCAAAAUUUAACAUUGUAUUGUUUUAUCUGUAAGCAAAUAUGAAAGAGAUCCUAACAGUACUAACGAGUACGAAUAGUCUCAUUCAAUAGAACUUAAUGUAAAUCUAAAAUCAAGGAAUAAUAAAAUGUUUCAUGUAAAUGUAACCAAAUUUUGUUGACAACGGGGUCGAUUCUGAAGCACCAUUUCUGUAAAGUUAUGACUUCACCUAAUAUUUUAAUUUGAUUAUUUCACCAAUUUACUAUUUUAUGGACUAUUAUAAUUUGAAAUUAUAAUAAUUUUAACUUAAUUCUAUUAGAAAACAAUCUCAUAUUGGUCCUUACUCCGUACUCUAUAAUAUUAAAUUGACAUUUUCAUUUUAGAGGUAGGUUUAAAGUACUGACGCUUCAAAAUCGACUCCAUUAUCACAAAAACAUUCUUAAAUUAAAUUAAUAACAAAUGGAAACAUUCAAUCGAUUGAUUCUAAGUUUGUUCUAUUAUUGGACAUCACUAGACUUAUGAAUGCGUUAAUUAUUCACUUGUUUACAUUAUCAUUAAAUUCAUAGUGGAAUAAAUUAAACAAGGUCUUAUCUAUCAGUUAAUAUCAUUUCAUCUAGUACUGUUAAUUAUUUCAAGGAAAAAACAAAAGAAAAUGUACAUUCUAUAUUAAAUAGAUUACGUUACACCAGAAGAAGACUGUACAAAAGUCGUUUACUUGAGUAACUUUGUCCCAUUUGAGUUUCUGUCGUGAAGCAAUUGCGUUUGCAAGGCUCUGUUUCGGUUUGAAGGGUGGGAUCUAGGUACGGAGGCAUCACAUCUUAGUCAGGGUAUACUGUUUCGCCCAUGACAACGCAUGGGCGUUAUCAUGGGCGAAACAGUAUGCCCUGUUAUGUCCAUGGCACUGCUCAUAUCUCUAUGCGACGGUUACCACUUUCCGUCAGGAGGACCGUCAGCUUGUUUGCCAUUCUAAGUUGCAUAAAAAAGAUUACAAACGUUAACAAUAACAUGAUAUAGGUUCAAACUCAAGUAGAAAAAAAAACAUCAGCACAAUUCUGUUGAAGUUAAUUGUCAAUUGAGACUCCGUAUCUAUAUAGUAUACAAUAUAAUAAUAUUGUAACUGAACUAUGUCUGUACAUAGGAUCUAUAUAAGAAAAAUUGAUACGAUGAAAAAUUUCUCUCUAUCCGCCUGUAGGUAUGUUUGUUCCAGCAUAACGCAAAAACUAUUACGCCAGAAUGAAUACGGUUCACACAGUUAACAUAACUGUGUUGUGGUCGAAUUUAGUAAAAUUUGGUGUAAGUUUUAUAAAUUCCAAUUUAUAGUAACCUCCUUCCGAAAUUACGGGCAAAAGCUAGUUCGGAGUUUAAGAUAGCGUCGUUCUUAGAAGAAAUCACAUAAUCAUCACAACUACAAUAAUGAUUUAAUGUUAUAGCAUAAAAUGACAGUAUUUUUAUGAUUUUAAAUAAUAAAUAAUUAUUAUAUUUUGUAAUCAUUUAUGAAUAAUUAUUUUCAUAAGAUAUAUAAUAAUUGAUUCUCUGUGAUUAUAAUAACAUGGUGAAAAUAAAUAUUAUUGUUGUUAAUAA